AUGGAAAUCUCGAACAAUAUGAGAAAUCCGUGGAUGUUGGCUGGAGACUUCAAUGAUAUUACUUAUGUUAGUGAAAAGAAAGGUGGUGUGACGCCUUCUUUGAGUAGAUGCAAAAGAUUAAGGGAUAGAAUGGAGUUGUGUCGAGUUAGUGAUGUGGAGUCGCGAAGGCCUAUUUUUACUUGGAGAGGGCCAAUCUAUCGUGGAGGCCAGCGUAUUUAUGAAAAGCUGGAUCGGGCUUUGAGCAAUGAUGAGUGGAGAAUGAGGUUUCCAGAUUCGUAUGUGAAAGUUUUGAUGAGGGUGGACUUCUCUGAUCAUCAUCCUAUUCUCAUAAACUUAAAGGAAGAUAAUUUUGACAGGCAUGAGAAACAUUUUCGUUUUGAAAAUGCUUGGCUGACAAAUGAUACGUAUGGUAAUAUGCUUCGAGAUGUUUGGAAAGAGGAUAAGGAUGUUGUGCAAAACCUAAAGAAUGUGGUUGAUGGCAUUGACAACUAG